AUGCAUGAUGUUAUCGGUCAACCCCUUACCGCCAUACCUGAUACCGUCGAUGCGAUUCUUCGCCGUCCUGAGCCACUGGAUGAUAUAGAGGUACGCGGUAUUUUUCACGAAAGCUCCUAUAUUCUAUUGCGUGCAGAGGAAGCACUUUCGGUAAAAGAUGGUGAAGCUUUUUGUGCAUUAUUCAAGCUUUUUUCAGAGGCGUUUGCUCACAGCGAUGUCAUGUUUGAGGAGGGCAUUAAAACUUUUGUCUUGCAUAAAACAUUGUUGGAGACCGUACAUUCUAUCUUUUGUGUGAUAGUGAGACAGCGACACCUUCCACCCCAUAACCCUGGAACAAUAGAGUUGAUCCAUGUUAUCAGCAACCUGUGUGAUAGUGAGGGGCUAAAAGAUAACUGCGGAGUUUUUUUUAUGUCAGAUUUGGCCCAGUUGCUUAUGUGUGUCUACGAGGAUAAAUAUGAAGCGAAAAAGCAUUUCCAUCUCCAAAGAGGAGUUACCACGGCACUCAUUAACCUAGUCAAGGGUUCCAAGGAAAAUAAACUGCGUUUGAGUUCUUGGAAGUUUGUGGCCGACUGCUGUAUGGCUAGUGUGGAUGUUUUCUUUCAACUACAGUGCUCUGAGCUGCUGUUUCGAGUGUCACGACCAAAAAGGAGCGUACUGACAGAAUUGAAGGGCUCACUUCGACAAGAUAUCCUUGAUAAACUAAGUUCACUUCCUAAUGAUAGUACACUUUUGCGAAGGAUGAUCGACUUAAUCCAGGACUUGAAUUCUGAUAACCCUGAGGUGUUGCACUUUUAUCUCAAGCAGGUAGAUGCAGCGGAUACAUUGUUGACGGAAAGCACAGAUGCAUACUUCACACCUCACUAUUUUACUGUCAUGGUCACUUCAUCUAACGCAGAUAACAUUACUAUUCCAUACAAGUCCAUUCGCUCUAUAACGCUUGGUAAAGAUGGUCGUAUCAUCAUCAAAUUGGAGGAUUUUCCUGUCAAACUUGAGGUGCUUCUGAGUCACACUCCUGGCAUGGAUAUUAUUACUCUGCACCUAACGGUGGAACGUCUGCGUGCAUUCAAGCAGUCGGCUAUUCAUGAGUGGAUUGUCUCCGAGUUGACUGCCAAGAAGUCAACUAUAUCUCAACAAACAGAACAAGCUAUUCCCUCUACUUCUAUUAAUCAUGAUCAUUGCUCCAACAUUAGUCGUUUGAAACGUCAGACAUCUGAGAUAUCGCGCGAAAAGAUUGACAACAGACAACAGGACUUGCCCACUGGUGUGACCACCGCAGAGCAGCCUUCAGUAUCCACUAGAGGCACGCUGCAUAAAAAAGCAAUGCUCAAGCCGUUGACGAGCCUAGAAACCCCGGGUUCGUUCGAACUGGAGAAGCCCUUACUUGAUAUUAUUGAUAACAUAUCGAAGAGUGCAUCUUCAGAAGAGGCGCAUGCGAUUUUUGCUCAGUUAAAUCGCCUAAUUGAGGCCAAGGUAGAAGUGAGUCACGGUGGGGCUGUGACAUCACUGAGCAGGCAGAUGUCGUUGAUUCAAAAAAAAGUGGAUACAGCGCGCAGCGAGGCAUCUGAAAGCCGUAAUUUGUGGCAGCAAAACAUGAUAGCAGAGAUGGAGAAGCUCGAACAGCACAUCAAUCUUACACAAACCAUGGUUGUCGAUGGCGUGUUGAAAUUAAACGAGGACCUUCGCCAAGUAAAGCAAAACAACCAGGCCCUCAACGAGCGAAUUGCAUUCAUCGAAUUCGAGCUGCAGCGCACCUUAGAGGAGAGCCGGGGUGUGGAAUUAAUGGAAGUGCAAGAAUUACAGGAUAUGUGCAAGAGAGAUGUCGAACAACACGAAUUUGAGCUGGAUCAGCAAAUGAUAAACAGACACAACUCAGGUGUAUCUCUAAUGAACUACUUCCGAGAAUCCCCACUGUGCGAUAGUGCUUAG